AACAGCACGGAACGCCCUCGUCUGACAGUGACGUCAUUUUAAAGCACCGUAUCUCUCUCACACACACACACAGAGUCAGUAAUAUGGCAGGUGCAUUGAGAAGUAGGGGUUGCAUAAAGAUCCGAGGUCCGCAACUAAGAGAUCUAUUGGAUUCAAAAUGCAACAUACUGUUCGAUUGCGAUGGGGUCAUCUGGGAAGGAGAAAAAGCCAUCCCUGGUGCUAUAGACGUGGUAAGCUUACUGAAAAACCAAGGGAAAAAUGUGUUCUUCGUUACCAACAAUUGCACCAGGCCUAGGGACAGCUACGUGCAGAAGUUUACGAGGUUGGGUUUUACUGAUGUACAAAAGAGGGAUAUUUUUAGCUCGGCAUACUGCUCUGCAGUUUACUUGAGGGAUUUUGCAAACCUGAAAGGCAAGGUGUACGUUAUCGGAGGAGACGGGGUUUAUAAAGAGCUCAGGGAAGCCGGGGUGCCCUUUGUGGAAAGUGAACCGGAGACCCCUGGUAUGACGAUAUCCGACUGCCCGCUCCAUACUGAUGUCAAGGCGGUUCUGGUUGCAUACGAUGAAGAUUUUAAUUUUCUGAAGCUAGCUAAAGCAUGUUGCUACUUGCGGGACUCAGAGUGUCUGUUUAUUGCUUCGGAUCCAGACCCCUGGCAUCCAGUUAGAGGUGGAAGAGUUACCCCUGGUUCUGGAAGUCUCACCGCUGCCUUGGAGACUGCCACGAACAGAAAGGCCAUUGUAAUAGGGAAGCCGAGCAGGUUCAUGUUUGAGUGCAUCACCAGUCAGUGUGGAGCGGACGCCGCUCAGUCUCUCAUGGUCGGCGACCGCCUGGAAACAGACAUCCUGUUUGGGACAAAUUGCGGCCUUUCAACUGUGCUCACCCUGACCGGGGUGUCCAAGAUUGAAGAAGCCCAGGCCAACCUGGAAAGUGACUGUCCAGAGAAGCAGAAUGCGGUACCAGAUUAUGUUGUGGACAGCAUUGGUGACUUUUUACUCGCACUGAAAGCCUAAACUAAAUAUUACACUUCACUAUUCUACCAUUCCAACAACGAAAUCUAGAAUAAAUGGAAACCCAGCUUAACAGUUACAUUGUCACUUUCUCUCAUCACUGUUUUUUGUCUUUUAACCUCAGUAAUACCCUCAAAAUCUCAAUAAACAUGAUUCCUUUUAAUCUAAGAAAUAGAAACGUGCUAGUGGCAGUUUAGUGGUUGAAUACAGUUAUUUGAGUUGGAUUAAACUCUUGUUUUAUAAGCCUUUAAUUGACUCCUAGUUCUGAAAUGAACUCCCUUAAGAAGAUAUUCCACACGAUCCUUCAUGAAAAAAAAUAAAUAAAUAAAAAUUCUGAUCUCUGUAUACAGACAGAAAAUGUGUAUAGAGAAGGAAGCAACCAUGCACACAUCCUGUAGCACCUUCCUUUGUAAUCGUCAGACACCUGGGACCAUACAUGUCCGCAUUGUGCAUUACAUUAAUGUUCCAUGUUAUACACCAGCCCCCCUGGUUUUCUACAGAGAUCAGCUGUUCUGUUCUAAUUGGAACACCUGUUCUAAAACCACAGCUACUGAUGAAACGCUUCACAGGGACUCUGACAGAAAGUGAAGUCUCACUGAACUACAGCUGUUAUUUCAGACAGACAGAAGUAAAUAAAUGAUAUGUUUGUUAGCUAACAGUGAUAAUGGCAUUGCUGUGGCGAGAGGCCAUGGUUUGAAAACGCGAUUUUGAACAUUUGUACUAUAAAAGGCUAAAAGUCUUGGUCAAGUAAUAUGCAUUAUUUUUGUAAGGCAUUGAUCCCAGAUAAAUUACAGGAAUUCUCACAGCAGUAUUAAUUCUUUUAAACCCCUGAAACUUCCAAAUUGCAGGGAACGGUGUUACCUUUUACUCUGGCUGGGUGUCGACAGGGGAGGGGGAAUCUAUUGCAUGUACAGAACGUGAAGAAGAAAAUAUAUAUCAUCCCUGAAAUGAAUGUCUGAUCCUAGACACACAAAAAUCAAUUGCAUUUGUAACAAAGUCAUUUUAUUUUGUAAGUUUUGCUUGUGGGGGGCGGAUGGACGACUGACUAUCUUUUGAUAUAUGAAAAAAACAUUAUGAAAAAAUCCUCAGUGUGUUUUUUUUUCAUAUUUUGUAUUGUUUUUAUCAUAACUCUUCUUACUGUAAUGGAGUUGUAGGAGAGCUUUUGUGACAUUGCUUGAUGCAUGUUUCUUCCACAGUUCCAUGAGCACUGCUUUAUGUCUAGUAUUCCCUUUUAUUAAAAUUAAGGAAAUUGUUUUACACAAUACACAGUUUAACACUGCACUAUUAAAACCUUGAGUAAAAAACUAAAUUCAGCUUGGAUUAGAACAGCUUUUCCUGACACCUCAGUCUUACCUUGAUUGUAAAUGGAUUGAUGACUGUUCUGUGUUCAUGUAUUUCAUGCCGUUCAGUUGUACUUGUACCCCUAGUUGCCAGGAAAUGCCACACCUUUUAAUGUGUUUAGUAUGAAUGUCCUCACCAAGCACUGUACUGCCUGCUGCAACAUUGUUUUUGUAUCAAUAUUGCUGAGCAUUACAGAUAUUUUUUUUUUUUUUUUUUUUUUGUGAUAUCAUUUUGGCCUGUGAUGUCAUGUAGUUUGCAUUUGCAAAGUAUAAUUGAAUGUUUUGUAUCUGGAAAAGCUGUCUGGUCUUUUUUCUUUCUUCUCCAGUUUAAGCUGUAUGCAGUUUGUUGCUAUUGUUUGUUUGGGUAAAACAAAUAAUUAAAGUACAUGUGAUUUUUUUUUUUUUUUAAUGUUUCGUGUAACUGAUUAGUUUGUUAUGUAGCUAGCAUCCCUGGGAGCUAUUCUGUACGCUCCCUCCACACAAUGGAAGUCAGUUCUGGUGGUGAUGGCAAGACAGCAGAGCAGACAGACUUUCUAACUUUUUUGAUUAUAAACCAUGUACGGCAAAUAAACUUUUAACUUAUAGUAGAGGGCUGAUAGAAGGUGCUUGGUUGGCAGAUGUUUACUUAUCCCAGAAAAUGUACAAAUUCCCACCAGCAAGUAACAACAAUUUACAUUUAAACUCCGUACAGCCAUUGGAUUAAGAAUCCUAAUAUGUCUGCCAAAUUCAGCGGAAGGAGGGUGGGUGUGUUUGCUGUGCUGUGCUGCUAUAAACCUGCCUAAGAGAAGUGCAUUCCAGGCAGCACUGCAUCAGCCAAGAUAAACCAUAUCAGUAUAUUAAAGUGUACUGGCAGACAUAGCAAGGCUUGUGAAUAAAGCCUGGACUUUCCUGCUGAAGAUCUAUUGGUUAUUUCGUGUUUUAUUUUAUUGUAAUGCUGUUCCCACGUUUUACGCUUUGAAUGCAAAACCAUGGUUUGUGUGUUUUCAGGGCGAUACAAUAAUAAUAAUAAUAAUAAUAAUAAUAAUUAAUAAACAAACUUGUCCAUAAAUAGUUUACAAAAACACCGGAGGUUUCAUUCUACACUAUAAUACGUGCUGCAUGAAUUGCUUGAAAAUUCUGUGGCAGCUUUCUUUUCUGAUAGACACAUUCUGGAAAUCUGCGUGUACAUUCUGCUGCGUUUGCAGUUUACGUAUACAUUCAGUUGCUGACUUGCAUUUCAAAAGCACAGCAGUCUUUAUUUUAAAAGACGCAAGAAAGAAACCUGCGUGUUUACCCUGACAUUUUACUUUCAAACAAAAAAAAAAGCACUGCAUGUGUUAAUUUACUCAUAAAUAAUCCAUAAAAUGGUUGAUACAAUAAAGAGGUCACGUGAAUACAGUAGAAUAGGUCUGGGAUUCUAUUUGCAGAAUAAUUAACCCAUUUACCAAAAGUGUGUUCUACAUUGCAUACAGUAUUGCAGCUGUUUCUGUCCAGUCCUGUGGUUAACCAUGUGUGUUCCAGAGCUCCCGUUUUCAGAUUUCUUAUUACAUUACAGCUACGUUAUAAGAACCAGUGUUCCAGAACAGCUGACCGUUUAAUUUUAUUUAUUUAUUGUUACUUUUGUUACAAGGAAACAAUAAUAACAGCCCCGGCGCGAAAGGUAAUUUACAUUUUGAACUGCUGUACCUAUAUUUUGUUUAUUCAAUCAAUCUUGAUGUUGUUGACUUUUUUUUCUUCAACAGGAUCAACUGUGAGUAAGGAAAAACUGGUAAGAUGUCAGUAAAUAGAUUUAUUUAUUUAUGUAAAUGUAGUGGUAACCGCAAAAAUAUGUGACACACGACACCUCGCUAGUCGUUGCUAAUUCCAUAGGGCCACUGUGUCAUGACAAAUUAUGAAAUACCAAUAAAAAAA